AUGACCACCUACAACGGGCCCUAUCAAGGAAAUGAAAUGUUCAAGUCCUUCACCAAAACUUGGCACACCGAGCCUUAUUCUGAGAUCAGCCCUUCUCGUCCUGAGCUAAGCGCCGCUGGAAAAGUCGUCUUCAUCACGGGUGGCGGCAGCGGAAUUGGCAAGGCUACGGCAAUUGCUUUCGCGCAGGCAGGUGCUAAAGCGAUCGCUAUCUUCGGACGUCGCAUCGAAAGACUGCAGUCUGCUGCUGAGGAAAUCAGAAAGGCCAAUCCUGCGGGGACUACCACUGUGAUCUUUGAGAGUGUUGAUAUCAGCCAACGUCAAGCUUUGGAGGCCGCUUUCACCAGUGCCAGCAAGAAAGCUGGCGAGGCCAAGGUCGACGUCUUCGUCAAUAACGCCGGUUCGAUCAAGCCACUGAACUCCCUCACAACAUACGGCGAGAAAGAAUUGCGCGAGAGUAUUGAGGAGAACUUAAUGGGCUCCUUCUACGUGGUCCAGACGAUUUUGCCCUUGCUCUCGCCCAAAGCAAAGAUCUUGAACAUCAGCUCCGGCAUUGCGCACAUCGAACCAGUACCCGGAGUGUGGGCUUAUGCAGCGCUUAAGUUAGCCAUAGCCAAGAUGUUCGACUAUCUCCAGUCCGAACAUCCUGAUCUCGACAUUUUCAAUAUCCAGCCUGGGGUAGUUACGACUGAGCUGAACCAGGUUUCUGAUUUUGCAGGGCAAGAUGACGUUGCGCUGCCGGGCCAUUUCCAUGUUUGGAUCGCAUCCCCCGAAGCCGAAUUCCUCAAGGGUAAAUUCGUCUGGGUUAAUUGGGACGUGAAUGAGCUGAAAUCUCAUGCUAAGGAGAUUGAAGAGUCGCACCUUCUGAAGAUCUCUUUGCAGGGCGUGCCGAUGUAGAGCUCAUGCGAACGACGACAUAUUGACUCUGAAAAGGUGGAAGUUGCUAGUGCUUCACCAGUCGUCACCACGAAGUUUGCUUUGUGCAGAAUAGCCACAACUCAAUUCUUACAACUCAUCGUAGCCCUCGGGUCUUUGUAGUGUUACGGAAAAUUCCCUUCAAUCUUCGCGAAAUAAGGCUUCCACUCACUCAGUCCUUGGUCGGUAUUAUGUCGGGAACAGUCAUUACCUUUAUAUACGUCAUUAGAAUCAAUUGUUUAAG